GGAGUUUGAAAGCAAAAGGUGCAGCGACCUGCAGAGAAGCAACUGAUCCGAGAAGAGAGAAGAAAAACCCACCGUCGACCUCUGCUGCUGUGAGAGAAACACUCGUGGUCCCGACUCCCACCUGUUGCCUCCAAAGUCUUCUCAAAAUGGCCGUGAUGCUGAAGCCGUGGACCGUGCUGGUGGCCGUAGCGCUGUGUGUGCUGGUGUGUCUGGGAACGCUCGCAGACGCCUACCCCCCCAAACCCGAGAACCCCGGGGAGGACGCCCCGCCCGAAGAGCUGGCCAAGUACUACACCGCCCUGAGACACUACAUCAAUCUGAUCACCAGGCAGAGGUAUGGAAAGCGUUCGACCCAGGAGGAUGUGGUUGCAGAGCUGCUGUUUGGUGGCGACAGCACCAGAGACCAGAGAUCAAGAUACGAUGACUCCUACAUGUGGUGACUCCACCACCCCUCUCCCACCUCGUCAUCGGGCAUUCCCUCUGGGUGAGUCCCACAAUGCACCUGGAGGGGCCGACAUGUGCCUCUCACCUCCCGACCUCUGAACCCGACCCAACGCAAGCUCUCUCUGUCUCUCUUGUAGCUGUCUCUCAUCUCUCGCAUUACAACACAACUGUACAUAAUUUAUUAUUGAAAUUAAAAAAAAAAAAUAUAUAUAUAUAUAUAUAUAUGAGAUCAGAGCUUCUAAUCAGAAGGUGGAACUGUGUCUGUGUGUGUGCGUGAGCAUUAACGUCCCUCUACCGUCCAACACUGUAUAGAGGAGGAAAUUUGUGUUUUACUGUUGCUACUGUAUGAAGUAACAUCAGAAUAAAUGAAUAAAAAAUUGCUCUGUGUGAUUCAAA